CAAUGUCGGCUCCCAAUGAAUUAGUGCAAGCGUUGGCACAGCGGGAGACUUUAGCAGAAGACAUUCUUACGGACAAAGAGCUGAUAAUAGAUUCAGAUAGAAAGCGAAACUCGAACAGAGAGGCAUUGACUAGCAUGCGCAAAAAGCUUGCCAAUGAGCAAAAGCUCUGGGUUAAUAUGGGUGACAUGUUUAUCAAACUUCCCAAGAAAGACAUACAGGUCAUGAUCGAAGAUGACCAGAAAAAAUUGGACGAAGAGAUUGAGAAAAGACGGGAUACAAUGAAGAAAAAGGCGAUGAAGUUGGAUCAAUUGGAACAACUUCAACCAAAUGGCAAGCCAUUAGCUGGAUAUGAUCUUCAGGGGAUGAAAGCCUCUGAUUUAUACCAUCUCCGUAACCGCAAGAUUGAAGAACGAGAUUUAUAAAAAUCAUCCUUGUACAUAAUUUCUAGAGUGCUCAAAAAGUCGUUCCUUUGUAAAAAAAAAGCAUUCAGCACCCGUCAUAAACUCUGCACCCCGUCAUGUCAUU